AUUUCCUGGAAUCGAGGAACCGGUAGAUGAUACUACUGCACAAAGAGAGGGUAGGACACACAAGCGUAAGGUUACUGGAUCUACACGACGGGGUGAACGUAAUUUGCGACUGAGGGAGCCAGAUGCACAGACCGAUGAGGAUGAUGAUGAUUCACAUGUAGGUUUCGAGGGUCAGUAUGUUUAUCCGGUGCCAGAUUUUGGAUUAGAUGACAAUGAUGAUGGCAAUGAUGUUGGCAAUACCGUUUCCGCAUCCCCGACUACUUUGACAGGUGCUGCUGCUACUUCAUCUGGUGGUGCUACUCAUCGUCGGGGUAGUACUUCGUCCGAUACUGUUACUCGUCCGUGGAAGUUGACUGGUCCGGCACCUGGUGGACCUACUGACUAUAACUUGAUACCGAGUUUCGGAGCGCACGUCGCCUAUGACAUUUGGGAGGGAAAGGUAAUAUUUUAUUAUAUGAAUUUUUAUUGUAUUUUUUUAAAUGCGUAUAGUAGAUAGUUGCAUAAUUAAUAUUUGUUUAUAUUUUGGACAGGAGCGAUCUAUGGUUAAAUUGCAAUCCCGUACAAAAGCGGUGACUGGUUGGCGUGGGCCAACAGAUCCUCGGUCUGUUGCAUUGUUGGAGGGUACUGGUUUGUACCAAUUGCAGCAUUGUGUACUCCCUCAGCACAAUAACCCACUGAUUGAGGCAUUCAUUGAAAGGUGGCAGCCGGACACAAAUACGUUUCACAUGCCUUUUGGGGAGAUGACGAUUACACUCCAUGAUGUGCAUUAUAUCAUGGGGUUGCGAGUUAGUGGACAUCGUCCUUACACUGAUAUGCAGAAGAGCUUGGUGAUCGAAUCUGGAUCGAGAAUAUUCGAUCUUGACAUUCUCAAGAUAGAAAGUUGGUGGCACAAUGGUGGCCCCCGAUUAGAGGACUUGCAGGAGCUAUACGGAGAUCAUUCAUCAGCUUCGUCAGAGUGUAAGGUGCGAGCAUACAUCAUUUACUUGUUGGGAUCGACUUUAUUUGUCAAUAAGAGCGGUGCUAGAGUGAAGCCAGAUUUUUGCCCACUUAUAGAGGACAUCGAGCAGAUUAGAGAGUACUCGUGGGGCUCCGGUACAUUGGCGAAUCUAUAUCGACAGUUGGGUAUGGCUUCACGAGCUGAGGCGAAACAGAUUUCCGGAUGUCUGACACUGUUAGAGUGUUGGAUAUACGAGUAUUUUCCGAGUUUUCGACCUCCGACGGUUAAAGCACACGUUAUAGGAGAGCCAUGGUGCAUGAGGUGGCAUAUAUCAGACGUGGUUCGAAAGGAUAGCAGUCGAUUACUUGAGUAUCGUCGGAUGCUUGAUCAUUUACGUGCAACCGAUGUAAGUAACUUGUACAAUGUAUUGUUUCAUUUGUCUGAAUUAACUGUAUUAUUAAUAUGUAUAUUUUAUUAUAAUAGGUUUAUUGGACUCCGUUUGGUCCGAAUGUGGCACGUGAUGUCGAGAAGACACUCCAUCAUGGUACUAUCAGGUUCAUGGAUACGAUCGAGCCUUACAUGUCCGAUAGAGUCUUGCGCCAAUUCGGCUUUCGACAGAUUAUUCCCGCGUCCCCUAUUCUACCGAUGCGUGGUUCUAAGAGGGAAAGAAAAAUUGUUUCGUAUAAAGUACGUUACGAGUCCAAUGAUUAUGCAUGGAGUAUCCCAAAUGACGUCUACCCGCUAA